AUGGCUCCUAUACCUCGCACGACGGGCAUGCAGGUCCAGGCGCCGAGCUGGGAAGAUCAGAUCGUGCCAACGUUGAAGAAACGCUUGGAGACGGAAUCGCAGUACCUCACCAACCGGCUCUCCUCGUCGGGCUACACAGACCAGUACGAGCAGAAUGAGAUCCCCCCUACUCCUCUCUCCGCCUCCUUUGGUCCCGACCCCACUUCCACAGCCUCAGGUGCUUCCAAUAUCCCCAUUCGGACACGUACCAAAUCCACGCCGUUCUUUGACGCCCCUCACGAUGCCUCAAGCUCGUCCACUUCCCCUACCCCUUACGACCCUCGCAACCGGCCCGACUAUGCUGCUGGUCCUUCACGUAUCCCUAUCCCCUCACGAGCGGCUCGAAGACCUUCCUAUAAUGACUAUGACACAACGUCCGACUCUUCCUCCCCUUCCUCCCGAAUCCCGCGGCUACAGCCCUCGGCGCAACCUCGGCGUCCGAGCGGAUCGUCCUCCAUCUCUAGCACUUCGGUGACUCGUCCAAGCUCCCCAGGAAUGACCGCCAACCGGACUAUAUCUCGCCCGAGGUCAAAGUCGCAACUCGCGCCCAGACCUGCGGUGAUCCGACGGCCGUCAGGCGGGUCGCAAGGCGGAGGGAGCGAGGGGAAUAGGGAGGUAUUGUCGCACAGGGACAGCUUUGAUCUCAGCAAGCAAACCUUUCCGGAUACUUACCUCCGGGACGAGCUGCCUCCGUUUCGUCUACCCCCAGAAGAGGCGAUGCGGAUAGCCCAACACGGGCACAAGAUGGAUGCGGAGUCUGGGUGGGGCGGCGAAGAUGGGAGGGAGGAGGGAUUGGAUGAGGACGGAUCGAGCAAGCGGAAACGUAUCGAGAGCAUGUUUCCCGCCAAAGAUCCUCGGCGGGGAUCGCAAGGAAAGGGCGGAACCGGUCAGGGGAGUGCAGGGGGCAUGUCCCGGUCAGCGACAGGAACGGGGUCGGCUCUGGGCCUAGGACAAGCUCCAUCCCGUAUAGCAACGGGGAGCAAGCUCAACUCUUCCCAGCGCUCAGCUACCGGUUCGGGCUUCGCAAAUCGAUCCGGUCUAUCCUCUAGCCAGACUUCGACGGGCGGUCGAUCCAUGUCCCUCGGCCACUCCCUUAACGUCCGCGAGACAUCCCCCAUGCCCACUCCGCCCCGGAUGGGCGUCGCGGCACACUUUGUCCCGCCCGAGUCGGCCUAUACCCCGCCAAAAGGAGCCAACUGGGACGAUGUCGUUCUUCCGGCUCUGGCGCGCAAGAUGGGUCUAGGGCAGGAAGGGGAACGCCGGAUUGGAGUGGACGAGAUGGAGGAGGGGGAUCUGGCGGUGGAGUGGGAUAAGACCGGGACGCCCGUGAAAUGGGUGAAGAGGCCCGAUAGGGCGUCUCCUCAUCCGUCAUCCGCACCAAGCUCCAAACUUGGCAGCGGCGGCAGAAUAGGCAGGGGGUUGUUGACGGAGGAUGAGAGCAAUCUCAACAUCCCUCGGUCCGCCUCGGCUUUUUCACCAACAUUCGAACCAAGCCCGGAUAAUCCCCUUCAACCACCUUCGUCCCGACGAGACUUUUCCACUUCUUCCGACUCGCAGACCAGUCUACCUACGCCCACACCCUCUCCGUCACGGUACCAGCAACAGCCAAAACCUAUACGCACGACGAACGCCCAUGAUGCCGCAUACGAUACCGGCCCGCCCUCGCCCGCCCCAUUUCCCUCCCUCCAACGCCGACCAUCUACGGGUCCAUAUGCGCUCAGACCCCCCGGCUCGGGCUCGGGCAUAGAGCUAGGGGAACCAGUAUCGGGCAGCGAGGGAGAAGGGAGGACGCGUAAAUUGUCAAUACUUAGGCGGAAACCGUCGACGGCGUCGCGUCAACCGUCAAAUGCCGACUUGCGGAUCCGGGCGAGCAAUAAUAGCUUGCGACAGGGCGGACCUUUAAGGCCCGGGGGAGGCGGGGUACAGGCGCAGGGUCUGAGCAGGCCGUCGGAUGUGGCGUGGGAGAGAGAACGGCAGGCGGCAGCGGGGAAUCAGAGGGUACAGGCGGCGGGUGACGGCGUGGCAGGAGGGGGUUCCGUAGGGACUGGGCAGGGACUACGGAAGGAAGAGGGGUCGCACGGAAAGGGUUGCGGAUGUGUGAUUAUGUAG